CAAACGUUUAUUAUGUCGAAGACUUUGCCUGAGUUUGUCAUUACAUGACGAAGAAAAGAUUGAUGACAUGAGUAACUGAAUUUUUAGUAAAUUGUUAUUACUGAUUGAAUAGCGUCUGUUUAAAAAUAACAGUAUGAUAAGCAAUGGUAAAUGACCAUGAAAACUGUAUUUAUAGACGUGAUCAUGUACAUACCUACUGAGAGUCUUCUUUGUGAAGUUUGCAAGCUUUUAGAUCAUCAGAAUAUAAAAGUAUCAGUAUAUGAAAGUACAAAAGCUGGUAUCAUAACUGGCGUUGCGACCGUAGUUGGAGGUCUUCUUAUUGGACCUACAGGAUUAAUCCUAGGUGGAGUAGUAAGUUUUGUAAUGGCAUCUAUAAAUCAAGGAAAAUUUAGAUCUGUAGCAGAUAUAAUUAAAAAUGAUCUUUCUUCUGAUGAAAAAGAAAAGCUUGCAGAAGCUCUUAGAAAUUGCUUAACAAUCAGAAAUAUAGUAACUUUGCAGGCUUUGAUUAAUAAUUUGCAAUCCGAUGAUGCAUUGGAAAGAAUUCUUGAAGUUGUAGUAAAAGAGUUUUUUAGCAAAAGGGGUAUGAAUUUUACAUAAUGAAAUUGGUAAAGAUGUUUUUCUUUUUUUCAUUGGAAAAACAAUAAAUUCAUAUCUGGCGCCGAUCCAUCUAUUCAUUCUUAAGAAACAACUGUGAAAG